AGGUGCGGGUGUGUAGAUAUGGCUGUUAAACGAGAAGAUUUAUCAUGCCUUGAGAAGUUUGACGCAGAUUCUGUUCUAGAGGUGUUAAGGUCAAGAUAUGCAAACGAUGAAAUUUAUACAAAUUGUGGUGAAAUUUUAUUGGCUGUAAACCCAUACAAAACAUUGACAAUAUUUGAUAAUGAAAACCAUGAAAAAUACGACUGGAAAACAUUUGAAGCAAACAUGCCACCGCAUAUUUACAAUGUUGCGGCUCGUGCAUACCAAAGAAUACGAGAAGCAAAGACUGAUCAAGUCAUUCUUGUCAGUGGAGAAUCAGGAGCCGGUAAAACAGAAAGUACAAAACUCAUGGUUAAGCACUUGGUUUACAUGAGCCCAAAUGGAGACGACGACUUGCACAACAAAAUUGUACAGGUUAAUCCACUUCUGGAAGCCUUUGGAAAUGCACAAACAAUAAUCAACGAUAAUUCCAGUCGAUUCGCUAAAUUUUUAGAACUCAGCUUUGACGAGAAUGGACAGGUUAUUGGAGCUGCAAUUCGUGACUACAUGUUAGAAAAGGCAAGAGUUGUUACUUGCAAUAAACGCGAAAGAAACUUUCAUAUUUUCUAUUCCCUGUUCGCUGGAGCCAGUAAACAACAACUGAGCGACCUUAAUUUGUCGGAAAGCACAAAUUAUAGGAUCAUGAAGUGUGAGUGUCUCAAGUUGUUGGAAGAAAAAACGAGAUACAGAGAAAUAUACACACAACAGAUGGAUGCCUUGAAAAAGAUAGGCUUCGAUGAAAAUGUUUGUAUGGAUAAAAUGUUCUUUAUUUUGAAUGACAAUUUUUAUUUAAGGAGGACAUGA